AUGAUGGAUCAGAAUGGCAUGUAUGCUGAAGAGUAUGGAGAAAAUGGAUACAUGGAGCAAGAAGAAGAGUGGGAAAGGGAAGGAUUGUUAGAUCCAGCAUGGGAAAAACAACAGAAAAAGACCUUUACUGCUUGGUGCAACAGUCAUCUCCGUAAAGCAGGAACAGCAAUUGAAAGUAUUGAAGAUGAUUUUCGCAAUGGUCUCAAAUUGAUGCUCCUCUUAGAAGUCAUUUCGGGUGAAACUCUCCCAAAGCCUGAUCGUGGCAAAAUGCGUUUCCAUAAGAUCGCAAACGUAAACAAAGCCCUUGACUUUAUUGCAUCCAAAGGAGUCAAGCUCGUCUCAAUCGGUGCAGAGGAAAUUGUUGAUGGAAACUUAAAAAUGACAUUAGGUAUGAUUUGGACCAUCAUUUUGAGAUUUGCCAUCCAAGAUAUUUCUGUUGAGGAAAUGACAGCUAAAGAAGGCCUCUUGUUAUGGUGCCAACGCAAAACUGCUCCAUAUAAGAAUGUCAAUGUACAAAACUUCCAUCUCAGUUUCAAAGAUGGUUUAGCUUUUUGUGCCUUGAUCCACCGUCAUCGUCCAGACUUGAUCGAUUAUUCAAGAUUGUCAAAAGACAAUCCAUUGGAGAAUUUGAAUACAGCAUUCGAUGUUGCUGAGAAAUACUUAGAUAUUCCUCGCAUGUUGGAUCCAGAUGACUUGAUCAAUACACCCAAACCGGACGAAAGAGCAAUCAUGACUUAUGUUUCAUGCUACUAUCAUGCUUUUCAAGGAGCUCAACAGGCUGAGACUGCAGCUAACCGUAUUUGCAAAGUUUUGAAGGUCAAUCAAGAAAAUGAAAGAUUGAUGGAAGAGUAUGAACGUCUUGCAAGCGACUUGCUUGAAUGGAUCCGUCGUACUAUGCCAUGGUUAGCAUCACGCCAUUCAGACAGUACAUUGGCUGGCGUACAGAAAAAAUUAGAAGAAUAUCGUACUUACAGACGUAAGCACAAGCCACCACGUGUUGAGCAAAAAGCAAAAUUGGAGACAAAUUUCAACACCCUCCAAACAAAAUUGCGUUUGUCAAACAGACCAGCUUAUAUGCCAACUGAAGGUAAAAUGGUAUCCGACAUUGCAAAUGCAUGGAAGAACUUGGAAUUGGCUGAGAAGGCUUUCGAAGAAUGGCUUUUGGCUGAAACAAUGCGUUUAGAACGCUUGGAACAUUUGGCUCAAAAGUUCAAGCAUAAGGCUGAUACGCACGAGGAAUGGACUCGUGGUAAGGAAGAAAUGCUCCAAUCUCCAGAUUACCGCAGCUGUCGCUUGUAUGAAUUGAAGGCAUUGAAGAAGAAGCAUGAAGCUUUUGAAUCUGACCUUGCUGCUCAUCAAGAUCGUGUAGAACAAAUUGCUGCCAUUGCUCAAGAACUCAAUACCUUAGAAUAUCAUGACUGUGUAACAGUCAACGCUCGUUGCCAACGAAUCUGCGAUCAAUGGGAUCGCUUGGGUGCUUUAACUCAACGUCGUCGUCAAGCAUUAGACGACUCAGAAAGAGUUCUCGAAAAGAUUGAUUUACUUCACUUGGAAUUCGCUAAACGUGCUGCUCCAUUCAAUAACUGGUUGGAUGGUGCUCGUGAAGAUUUAGUCGAUAUGUUCAUUGUUCACACGAUGGAAGAAAUCCAAGGACUUAUCACCGCUCACGAUCAAUUCAAGGCAACUUUGGGUGAAGCUGAUAAGGAAUACAAUUUGAUUGUAGGCCUCGUCCGUGAUGUUGAAGGACUGGUUAACCAAUAUCAAAUCGCCAACGGUUUGGAAAAUCCUUACACAACACUUACUUCCCGCGAUUUGACAGCUAAAUGGUCAGACGUCAAGACAUUAGUUCCAGCACGUGACCAAACCCUCGCUAUGGAAUUGAAGAAACAACAAAAUAAUGAAAUGUUGCGUCGUCAAUUCGCUGAGAAGGCCAAUAAUGUCGGUCCAUGGAUCGAGAAGCAAAUGGAUGCUGUAAGUGCAAUCGGUAUGUCAAUUAGUGGCUCAUUGGAAGAGCAAUUGAACAGAUUAAAGGAAUAUGAACAAGCAGUUUAUGCUUACAAACCACAUAUUGAGGAACUUGAGAAGAUCCAUCAAGCUGUACAAGAAUCAAUGAUCUUUGAAAAUCGUUACACCAAUUAUACAAUGGAAACAUUACGCGUAGGAUGGGAACAACUCUUAACAUCCAUUAAUAGAAACAUUAACGAGGUUGAAAAUCAAAUUCUCACCCGUGAUUCCAAAGGCAUCACACAAGAACAACUUACUGAAUUCCGAUCAAGCUUCAAUCACUUUGACAAGAAUCGCACAGGACGAUUGGCACCAGAAGAAUUCAAAUCAUGUUUAGUUUCCAUCGGUUAUUCAAUCGGAAAGGACAGACAAGGAGAAUUAGAUUUCCAACGUAUCUUAGCUGUUGUUGAUCCAAAUAGUACUGGCUAUGUUCAAUUCGAUGCCUUCCUUGACUUCAUGACACGCGAAAACACAGAUACUGACACUGCUGAGCAAGUAAUUGAUUCAUUCAGAAUCUUGGCAUCUGACAAGCCUUACAUCCUUCCUGACGAAUUAAGACGCGAAUUACCACCAGAUCAAGCAGAAUAUUGUAUCCAAAGAAUGCCACCAUACAAAGGACAGGGAGCUGUUCCAGGCGCUCUGGACUACAUGUCAUUUAGUACUGCUUUAUAUGGUGAAUCUGAUCUAUAA